GUUCCUCCACUGUCUCUCUGACAUUCACUGUAGUACAAUCCAUACUGUAUACUGAUUCUUUGCUUUUCCUAAGACUAAAGACUUGUGCCAAGAUGCCUUCGUACAGAUUUCAUUCCUCAUUGCAUUCAAAUGAUGUUGUCGUGUCCUGUGACGGACGCGAAAUGACACGAGUAGCUAGUGCUACCGUCGCCACACAAACCCAACCUGCCGCUGCCGCUGCCGCUCAAACUACGCCAUCAGCUCCUGCUCCAAAAACGCAUCGAGAUCUUGAAGAAACUGUGAAGAAAUUUGCUGAUGCAGUUUCUGAGAAAGGACGAGCGAUACAUGAGAUAUGGGCGUUGGUGUUCAACGUCCUUCAUCUCCUCCAUAGUACUGGAGCAGAGAGAGUUAGAUGGACACCACCUGGUUAUACAUUCACAAGCUCCUACACACUAGGAGUCACGAUGAUAGCUGUUCUCUGCUUUUGUGGUGAACAUUUGAGUGAUGAAAUGAUACAAGGUCUUGUCGACUAUAUUCUGCACUUCAAGUCAGUUGAUGUCAAUGAAGAAGAUAAGACCAAAUACAACUGGACUCUCUUACACCAUUGUGUAUUGACAGGCAAUGCACGUUUAGCAAAACUGCUCAUCGAACGCGGCGCUUGCCUCAACGCACAGGAGAGCGGCGUGUUCCUAUAUACUCCACUGCACUAUGCAGUCAUGCUGAACAGGAUCAAUGUUGUCAAGGUGAUACUGUCACAUGAGAGUGACGGUGUCACCUCGGAUACUGCACUGCUUGACUUGUUUGGUCGCACAGCAUUUGACAUAGCAAAGCAACGUGGUCAUGAUGAAUGUGUGCAGCUUCUCACACAGCAUGAAGCUGACAAGGCAAAGAAGAAAAUUGAGAAGCUAGUGUUGUCAUUAGACGUUGACUGAAGAAGUGUGACAGCAGCUGUGACGGGCAAGCCUAGUCUGCAUAGCCACAACGGGUGACGUCUACCACUCGUGUGUGUGUGUGUGUGUGUGUGUGUGUGUGUGUGUGUGUGUGCGUGCGAGCACGUCUGUGUUUAGAUGCAUGGCAUUUUAGGAAAUUAGUAAACGGACUUAUUGUUGAUAAUUUGUUUCUUGGUUCUUGCAAUAUCUGCUGGAUGUGAUCCAUACAUUCUAUUCGCCAUGCUCUUUACAACUACAAGUAAAUUUUGUGAAUAAUUUUUAUUGUCGUCUUGUAAGCAAUUUAAUUACAUCAUAGCUGAUCGUUGUCCUCCACCAGCCUGCACUGUGAACUGAGCCAGUUUUAUUACUUUUCCCUCUAACUAAAUUUCUUAUUAUGCAGCGCUGGCUGAAUAUCGUGUACAAUAAUUGACCGUGCCGUUCUUUGUAUUUGUUUCUUGGAUUUUUCUUGUUUCCGUACACAUGACACAAAUGCUGUUGCCUCAGCCUUGGUGUUUUGUACAUGGAAAGAUUAUUCCUGAUGAAAUUUAAACUCUCAGAUAUUCCAAAUAGUCUUUCUGCUCUCAGAGUAUGCUAAGUUCAAGUUUGAACUGAAGCUAGGCGGUUUACAGGAGAGUACGAGAUCACCACUGCA